AUGUUUCGAGGCCACGCGAAGCAACCACCAAAGAAAGCUGGGCGCCGAAAGAAGGAAACCGUUCCAGAGAUCGAAGACCCCGAGCUCAACAUAUUUCUUCAAUUGGAGAAUACGGCGCGUACGGUUGGCGUCGAACUCGAUCCGUGUCUGAGGCCCAGUGCGGCCUCGAGUUUGGGGAAUAGAAAGCCAGAAAUGAAACCGAUCGACGAAUCAAGCGAUGCUGAUUUCAACAUCCUUCAAAGUCAGGAUGCUGAGGCACAUAAGAAGAGAAAGACGAAAGCUUUAGCAUUCGCCACAGCUCAAGACGGAGAGGACGGCGACGGCGGCGAUGUUGCCGUCAACGGACAAAGCGAUCCCAGUAAGCUGCAAGCCGACUUCAGAAAUAAAAAGCACAGUCUGACAUAA